UCCUUCAGUCACUUCGGCAGUGUUGUCUGUGGUUAUUGUUUUGUAUUUCAAGUCGUGUGAUAGUGUCGGCUGAUAAAAUGUCGAACAAGAAAAAUAAAGAAAUAGAAAUCCACGACAGUGAAAGUGAAGAAGAACAGGAAUCUGGCAGUGAAAGAGAUUCGGACUUUGAUUCCGAUGGAAACUACGUCGGGGAUAAGGAGUUACAAGCUGACUUCGAAGGUCGUAAUCCUGAGGAUUGUGACUUCCAUGGCAUUAAACAACUGCUGCGGCAACUGUUCCUCAAAUCCAACGUCGAAUUAGGAGGACUGGCACAAAUCAUUAUUUCUCAAAACUAUGUAGGCAGUGUUGUGAAGCAGUGCCUGGAUGAUGGACAGGAUGAUGAUGAUGAAGACGAUGGCAGUGAUGGAGUAUUUGGUAUUACAACUGUUAUAAACAUUACUAAGAGAAAAGAAGAGCCAUGUAUACAACAGAUUCGCACCCUACUGACCACAUUAGCUGAUGAUAAUGCCGAUGACAGAACUAAGGCACUAGUCAAGAAGAUAUUGUCAAACGAUGCGGAGCAUGUCGGACUUGUUAUCAAUGAAAGGAUCCUAAACAUUCCGGCAGCUAUCAGCGUGCCUCUAUUCACAUCCCUGCAAGGCGAGCUGGACAAAGUUGUCAAGAAGAACAUGCCCUACACAUUCCAGUACCUCAUAUGGAUCUGCAAAACUUACAACACAGGAGAGGAGUCAUCGGAAGUAUUAUUCGCAAACCAGGAGGAAAAGCCGAUAGCUGACGAGGCGCUGGCGAGCUUCGAUGUAGACGUAACCGAGCAAGCUGACCUCUCGCAGUGGGACUACGAUGGUGGCGCGCUCACGCCUUGCAGAAAGGUCCUAAUAUUUGAUGGCAGUAAAUUCAGUCACCUAGUGAGACUUAUCAAAGAGGAAGUGGAGUCCGCCUGAACUUGCUUAUCACACGCUGUGACUAUAUAUUUAUGCCAUACAAUGCGCUGUAUACAUAUUUAUAUUUUUAUUAUUACAUACAUAUUAAACAUAAGCUUUACCUAA